CACAACUUCCGGCAUAGUAGCGUUCCCCAAUGCACAUUGCCGUUAGUUGAGGUGACAGUCCACUGAUAAAUUGCACUGUAUAUAUUAUGGUACUCUAAUGGCUUAAUCAUCCUCGCUUACUGUAAUCAAUCUUCCAGUCACUUAAAGCAAGCUUUGACUCCUACGAACUGAAAUGGAAAAUGAUGGAAUCGACUACAAUAUUGUGUUUCCAGAUGAAGCGACUAUCGAGGCACACUGGCAGGGAACAAAAGAGCCUGUUGUGAUAUUGUUGGGAUGGGCAGGCUGCAAAGACAAACAUCUCACGAAGUACAGCUCAAUCUACAAUGAACAGGGUUGUGUCACUCUCCGUUACACAGCUCCACUCAAGACUGUAUUUAUCUCCGAAUCAUUUGGAUAUAGAGAACUUCGCUGUACAGCCCUCAAGUUGCUGGAGAUCCUCUAUGACUACGAGGUGGAGCAGAGCCCCAUUUUCUUCCACAUAUUCAGUAAUGGUGGAUUCAUGCUGUACAGAUAUAUUAUAGAGCUUUUGCACAACGACAAGCAGUUUAGUUCCCUGUGUGUCAUCGGGGCUGUUGUGGACAGCGCUCCUGGUAGUGGGAAUGUCAUCGGGGCUGUGCGGGCACUGGCAGCCACUUUGGGGUCAAAAAUAAGUUCUAUUUUGAAGUACCUCCUGCUAGCUAUCUUCGCAGUGACUGUUUUCCUAUUGCGAAUUGUGCUAUACCCCUUGACAAAGUAUGUGCACAAGAACCAUUAUGAUGCAGUGCAAGAUAGGCCACCCGUCUGGCCGCAUUUCUUCCUCUACUCUCGAGCUGAUCAGGUGAUCCGGCCAAAAGAUGUCAAGCUCUUUGCAGAUACCCUCAAGCUUAAAGGUGUUCCAGUGGACAGUUAUGAUUUUGUCUCCAGCGCCCAUGUGAGUCAUUUCCGGGAAUAUCCGGAGCAGUAUACAUGCAAGUGCCGUCAUUUCCUAAUUGCCUGUCUGAAGGACACCGAUGGGACACGCAUAAGGAAGAGACACCGGAUUCAGGAUCAGUGAAGCAUGGAAAUGAAAGUGGUGUUCAGUAAGCUGACAUCCUAACAAAAUUCUCCAGGUAGUUGACAUUGCAUUUUUUGGUUUAAUCGGAUAUGUAUGACAAUUGAAUUCAUUAUAGUUUUAAUCAUUUUAGCACCUGCCUUUUCAAAAUUAUUAUUAUUUUUUUAAAUACACACAAAACAGGUAGUUGAUUCACACUGGAUGAAUGGGACUUAAUAGAAAUUUUAUCUAAUGUGUUUGAUAUGUGAUGCCUUAUAGGUUAGUAUUAGUUGUUGGGCAAGUUAAUUGUUAUAGAUAUUGGAGCAUACGCCUCCAGUAUGUAAUCUUUGAGAUGUAGUAGUUGUGAUUUUCAUUAAGUUGGAAAUCUUACCAGACUGUUGUGAAGUUAAAUGUGGAGUUAAAAAAUAGAACAUAACACAUUGUGGCAGAUGUCAAAGAUGAAAUGGCUUUUGAUUUGUUUUUUCCCCAGAAGCUGUUGAUGUGAUUCCAGGUUGGAGUGAAAAAACCCCCCAAAUCAAUUAGCAAUGAAUAUAUCGUGGUUUUUAAAAAUCUACACACCCCAUAUUCAAAACCUAUUUAAUUUGUUUUAAAUAGAAAAUGUAUUCUGGCCACAAAGUAUCAUCUUGUUUUUAUCGGCUCUCAAGACAGCUUUUCUCGUGAGUAGCUGAUUUGAUUUUUUUUUUCUCAGAUGAAAUCAAGUUGAAAUCAAUUUGAGAGAAGACUUUUUGUUUCCAUUGUAUGUGUCCUCCACAAGUUUCAAGGUCUUCUUCUCAACUAAUGUGCCUUCAAUGAAUCAGACUGCUAAUAAAACUCCUCAACCAUA